CACCACGGAGCAGGCAGUUCGCUGUGCCCACUGUUAUACUGCUAUUGACAGAGCGAGUUGCAUGACGGCGGAUACUGAUCGAUCAAGAGACAUAGGCUUAAUCGCUCAUCAUGGAUUAAAAGAUGGAUAGCACGACUCUUAUUAUAGGUUGGGUGUCGUGCGUCUUGGCGCUCAUUAGCCCCAGCAUGUGUAGUGCUUACUUCUUUCCAGAGGAGCUUUUUAGCACGUACAACAAGACAACCCGGCCAGGUUCAUUGCAAGAUGAGGUCACUGUAGUAACGGUCGACAUGCACGUUAGCACCAUCAGCUCAGUCAGUGGAAUAUCAAUGGAUUACGAGAUCGAUUUGUACUUUCGUCAGACCUGGCAGGACCCUCGGUUUAAGUUCAAUGGUAUGAAGUCGAUCACGCUGAGCCCGUAUAGGAUCAAGGACAUAUGGUGGCCCGAUACCUUCUUCUACAACGCCAAGCGGGGAAAGCUACAGGACAUCACACGACCAAAUGAGUUUGUUCAUAUAUUCCCCGAUGGUACAGUCAACACCAGUGUUCGGUUGACCCUUCUUCUGUCCUGUUUCCUUGAACUCGAAUACUUCCCGAUGGAUGAACAGGACUGCGAGAUCGUCAUUGGAAGCUACGGUUACAAAGACACUGAUAUAAAAUAUGCAUUCGCCUACAAUUUCUCAACACAGUUCAACGAAAACUUGAUCCUGCCCGAGUUCGUCAUCGAUCGGAAAGUUGCCCAGGUGCCCGUGACAGAUGUAUACCCAUCGGGGAACUACAGCAAAUUGAAAUUCAUCUUUCACAUGAAGCGGGCCUUCGGCUACUACAUGAUCCAAACCUACAUCCCGAGCAUGUUAGUGGUCAUCCUCUCCUGGGUCAGUUUCUGGUUAGACGUCAGGGCAACGCCGGCCAGGAUCUCAGUGGGCCUACUCACGGUUCUGACCAUCACAACACAAGCGUCCGGUGUCAACUCGCAGCUCCCGCGGGUGUCAUACAUCAAGGCUAUCGACGUGUGGAUGUCCUCCUGUUUGGUGUUUGUAGUUGUCGCCUUGGUUGAGUUUGCUGUAGUGAAUGUGCUGACGAGGAAGAAUGAUGAUAGGGCGCGAACGAUGAGGCUUGGGACUCCUUGUAACACGAACCACGAUCGAUUCACUACGUCCAUUGACUCAGGCUUGGACCUACCGCCACGAGGCCUGUCAGUCAUAGCCUUAGAUGACGAUGACAAACGUAGGAGAUCCACACCAAGAACCGAGCCUCAAACUAACAUUCAAAAGUGUCUAUCAUCGCUGCCAUUUCGUCGUAAAGCUUCAUCUGAUCAUGAUGUACAUCUCAACGCAGAAAUAAUGGUGGAAACCUUUUCUCGAUACUUCUUUCCCAUUGCUUUUCUUUGUUUUAAUGUGAUAUACUGGCUGCAUUACUGGUGCAGGUGGUUUACAAAUGAGACGUGUAGGGGUUGAACGAAAUACACCGUUUAAAAAAUGUUCCCAUAUCUCAGUAUUACCUCGAAUUGAAUGGGUAACACAGAGUAACAAUGCCUAUCUUGUUUUCUUUUUCUCGCGCUCAUUAAAAAUGAAGAUUGAGAGAAACAGUCAGAAACGGAAAUGAGACUCGGCACCAAGUAAAAUUAACGUCAAAUAAAUCGGACAUGUUACC